UUAUCAAAGUAAACAAUUCCUUGUAAUGUCGGGCUAGAUUACAUUCGCUCGUUGUUUUCGCAUGUUGUGCGUUAUGAUAUUUAGAAAAGUAUUUACUAGUUUAAUUAUUUUAGGUCUUGCUGCGGAAGUUUGGUCACAUGUUGAGAUAGAGGCUGAAGAUUACUUCUUUCCCUUAGAGCCAGUAAUCAAUUUCUGCAAAAUGGCGGAUCAGUGUCAACACGACUUCGUUCCUAUUUGCGGACAGGACUCGCUCGGAAUCACUCGAAUGUUCAAUGACAAUUGCGAUUUAUACGAAUAUAAUUGCGACGAGAAGAAACAAUACCGUCACGUCAAAAUGGAUGUCUGCAAAUACGAAGCAGCAGCGGCCGAGAGAACAAUAUAACUAUAAAUUAACUAUGUUUCUUUAUGUAUUACAUUCAAUGCCUGUCCUUUUGGGAUAUUUGUUGUAUAAUUUUAAGAUAAAUAAAGUUUUUUUUCGGCACUAUAUAAUAAUUAGUAAAAAAAAGAGUAAUUCAAAAUAUACGUAUACAUAAUUUUACACGAAAAUAUUCGAUAACAAUCUAUAGAUGCAAAUGAAUACAUAUUUUGUUUUAAAAUAGGCGGCAAACAAGCAAUUUGAGCAAUUAUACGUAGUCUACUAA